AUGAGCUCCGCAGAGGUUUGGGCUGAGCUCAAGGAGAAAUUGCCUUAUGAAAGAACCGAUGAAGAAAAGAAGAAGCGCAUGGAACAAUGGUCCAAGAUUGACGUGAAUGGAAACGGAUAUCUUUCCUUGGCAGAGAUCGAUAAAGGAAUGCGAGAUGUAGUAGACCUUCCCACUUUGUUUGAUAUCAAGCCCGUCCUGAUGCGUGCUUUUCAAGCCGCCAAGAGCGCUUCUCCGGCCAAAAGUGACAAGGACAAUGACUACAUUCAGAAAAAUGAGUACCGAUUGCUGCUUCAGUAUUUGCGACAAUACUACGAGUACUGGCUGGCCUUUGAACGAGUGGACACGGAUGGCGACCGCCGUGUCAGUUACGAUGAAUUUGAAAAGGCCAAAGAUACCAUGGCCAAGUGGGGAAUUGACCUGAGUGACCCCAAGGCGCAGUGGAAGGAAUGUGACAAGGACGGCGGCGGCAUGGUCCUUUUUGCAGAAUUUUGCGACUGGGCUAUCAAGAAGAAUCUUGACCUGGAAGAUGACGAUGAAUGA